AUGAGUGUUCUCUUUGUUAUUACACUCACUAUGAUUCAAUAUCUUUAGGAAACAAUCUACUUCACAUCGUUAGUGAAGAGCUUAUUCAAAUAUUAGUUAGUUGAGGAAAAAAAAAUUAAGCCAAAAUUUAAAGGAAUAAUCAGCCAGUUCAGAAAAGGAAGAGUAAUAAUUGAUCUAACUAACAGUAAUAAUAACACAAACGAGAAAAUUAUCAGUGAACAGAGCAUGAGUGGAUAGAGUUAAAAGGAAUUUACCAAUAUUGACUUUAGUGCAGACCGCAGAUAUAAUGCCUCUGAUGUUCAUGAUAUGAGUUUAAAAAAAUGA